GCCUGGACCAAGAGUCCACCUCCGAUCAUUACACUGACAAGCCCUAAACCAAAGUGUCCUUUACUGUCAUUUAACUUAUUUGAAUUAACCUGAGCUUUAAAUUUAAUUUAAAAAAAAUGGAAAUGAAAAGGUAUCCAAAUGAUGGGUGCUGUGAGAGAUUACAUUUAGAUGUCUGUGUUGAUCAGCACACCCCACGGCAAGGAAUAUUAGAACUUCUUAUGAAACUGAGGCCAGAGUGGAAACCAGAAGAUAUUCAUAUUAAGGCUUUCACUGAGGGCAUCACUAACCAAUUAAUGGGAUGCUAUGUUGGCUCUCUGAUGCAAGACCCUGUUUUACUGGUGAGGGUUUAUGGACAGAUGACUGAGCUUUUUAUGGACCGAGAUAAGGAAAUGGAGAUGUUCCAGGUGUUACACAAACAUGGCUGCGGCCCGGAACUGUACUGCAGUUUUACCAAUGGUAUCUGCUAUGAGUUUGUCAAAGGAGUUGUGCUGGAUGACACACUGCUUAGACAGCCAUCUGUUUACAGAUUGAUUGCAACAGAAAUGGGGAAAAUCCAUUCAAUAAAGUCUGGAGAAACUGGAAACAGUUCACCCGUUUUGUGGUCUAGAUUGUCCCAGUUCCUUAAUCUGGUCCAGAGUUCUGAUGCUCCUGAACAGCAAAAAUCCAGUGCCCAUGUGGAGAUACCAAGCCUUAAAAUCAUCAUCAAAGAGAUGGAGGAACUGAAGAGUCAUCUUACCCUCAUCAACUCUCCAGUAGUACUGUGUCACAAUGACCUACUGACUAAAAAUGUCAUCUAUAACCAAGAAGAAGGUGCAGUAAAAUUCAUUGACUAUGAAUAUGCAGAUUUUAAUUACCAAGCAUAUGAUAUAGGAAACCAUUUCAAUGAAUUUGCAGGUAUCAAUAAUGUUGACUCCAGCCUGUACCCUAGCUAUGAACUUCAGUUUGAUUGGCUAACUGCUUAUCUGGAGAGUUUCAAGUGGUUCAAUGGUGGUAAUUCAACUGUGACCAAGAAAGAAGUCCUGGAACUUUAUGUACAAGUCUGCCAGUUCUCCUUGGUGGCUCAUAUUUUCUGGUGUCUAUGGGCUCUCCUGCAGGCAAAACAUUCCACCAUUGACUUUGACUUCCAGAGGUAUGCCAUGGCUCGAUUCAACUACUACUUUGAAAAGAAGCAAGAGUUCUUUGGAAUGAAGCUUCCUUGAUUCUUCUACCACCCUAGUGCAAGAGGUUCUGAAAGAGCCUAUCCAUCCUAAUAUCACACAUAUUCUUCCUAUAUUUAGUUUAAGUAUGAACAAUGAUCAAAUUGAUUUGUAGGACUGAAAGUUAACAGACAUUUGUUUUCCUGUUACAACCCAUUCUUACCCAUUUGGAAUUAUGAAACAGGUAUUGUGAUCAAGGCAUAUUAAAUUUAAAAAUCAGUCAUUCAAGUACAGCUCCCAUCUCCUUGAAUGGGGAAGCUAAAAAAAAAAGAUUUAAAAAAAAAGCUGUUUACCAAGUGUAAGAUUAAAUUUAAUAUUUGAAGGCACUGAUGAAAUCUGAAAAUAACUCUCACAUAAAUUUAGUUUAAUUAUUGACUGCCUCCUUUAUUUAGAAGACCCCCCCCCCAUUUCACUUUUUCCCAGGUUGUAGGUACUCCAGAAACAGGGUUGAAAACCACUGCAAUAGAGGGUUAUCUCCAAAGGGUAUUAAUCAAUAAUAAUAAUAAUACAUUUAAAUAUCACAUUUUAUGAAUUCAAUGAAAAAAAAAAACAUGUUUUUCAUAUUAGAGAAAAAAAAAGUAUUAAAAAAAAAAACUAAUAUGAAACCUAAUAUUUCAUAAUGGGUUUCAUAUUAGAGAAAAAAACAUAGCCUUGUGGUCUAAGGAACUAAGAGUUCAGAGACAGGAUUGUAUAAAGGCAAACAUCUGAGGAAAGCUACAAAAACAUUCUGCUGCAACGAAGGUUUACAAGAGUGCAAUUCCCUGCAUAUUUCUUAAAUGGAAUAAUUUUGGAACAACCAGGAGUCUUCCAAGAAGAAAAUCUCUUAGUAAGAGAGGUGACCAAGAAUUUGUGUCCCUGUUUUCACUUGGUAUUACGAAGGGUUUUGGUCGAUUGGAUCACUAUUGGACAAUGCUAAAUACAACUGUUAAAAGGGUGUGAAAAGUUUUGAGCUUGUCUACUUUCGACCACUUCAAGAGGUAGUUGAAAACACAUUAGUCUGGAUUGCUUUCAUGGUGUAGACACUAAUGUGGUCGAAUGCAUUCGAGCAGCCACAAAAGACCACCUACUGACCUAAUACAUGUGUAAUCAUUGCAAGAUGUACAAGGAUGCAUGCUUAUCAGACAAAAUAUUUUUCUGAUAAUACAAAAAGAAACAACAGCAGUAAGUGCAAGCAGACUUAAAGGGUUACUCCACCGCAAAAUCACAUUAACCUCAUGUCGUUCCGAACCGUUAAAAGCUUUGUUUGUCUUUACAACACAAUUUAAGAUAUUUUGGAUGAAAACCAGUUGAGACCUUGAGACGUCCAAUAGACUGCCAAAUAAAUUAUAGUGACAAAGUCCAGGAAAGUAUGAAAAGCAUCAUCAGAAUAGCCCAUCUGUCAUCAGUGAUUCAACCGUAACAUUAUGAAGUGACAAUAAUUUUUUUUUACCCAGAGAAAACAAAUUUCCCAAAAAGCCAUUUUGGGAAUUCUGAGCAGUAGGCAGAUUGUGACUGCCCUUCUAUAUCAGCUCUGCUGCGCCGAUAUGCUGUUUGCAAAAAAACCUUUUCCUUGUUUUGCGGAUGACACAGAAGAAGGUAAACCAUCUGCGUAUUGCUCAGAUUUGUCAAAAUGGUGCUAUGGUGAUUUGGAGAGACACAGAGAAGAUGAAUUGUUCAUUUUUGUUUUCUUUGUGUACAAAAAGAAUUCUCAUCACUUCUUAACAUUACGGUUGAAUCCCUGAUAGUAGAUGGACUAUUCUGACAAUGAUUUUCCUACUUCCCUGGACCUUAUUAUUCAUUUGGCAGUCUAUGGGACAGUCUCAAGCCUCCCUGUUGUCACCCAAAAUAUCAUAAAUUGUGUUCUGAAGAAGCUUUUACGGGUUUGAAAUGAAGUGGAUAAUGACAACAUUUUCAUUUUGGGAUGGAGUAUCCCUUUAAUAUUAGUGUGCUGUAACUUUAUCCCCCCCGCUCAUGUUUUGACGGAGACAGAGGGAUCCGCCCCUUUUACCCACCACAGGGUAAUCAGCACCAUGGGGUAAUCUGGCCAGAAGUGGUCGAACAGGGCCUGUUUGUCAGUGGCAGGGAUUGUUAGGCUGGUCAGGGUAAAGGAAAGCUGAACGCAGCAAAGAGAGUCACAAUGACCAUGACAAGAACCAGCACAGCACGUCCUGAUUUUGCCAAGUUCGAAGUGUUCCUAGGUCAACAUAUUUUGUUGACCCUGGAACAACAUUUUACUCCAAAAAUAUAUUCUUAACCAUAUUCCUACACCUAAACCUAACCUUAACCAUGAGUAAUCCCUAAAAUCAGAGGAAAUGAUAGAUGAAUGACACUGACGUACAAGCACCAAACACUGAUUUUAAGCAUAACUUCACAAAAUCUAAAAACUGGUUCUUCAAAUCUGAUUGGUUAAUCACAAUGUUGUUCCAGGGUCAACAACGAUGUUGUCCCAGGAACAUGUCUCACUUGGUAAAAUCAGGUUCUGCAACCAGCACACAGGCAAAUCAACAUUAAGGUGACUUGGGCACAACUCUGUGAAUUUUAUUGAGUGACCCAACCAAAAUCUGGAUACAAACUCAAUCAAACAUCUCUGGACAGACCUAAAAAUGGCUGUCCAUUUUUAAGUCUCAUAAACCAAAACCACUGCCAAAGGUGCUAAGAACAGAUUUAAGGGUUUGGAAACUGUGAGAAGGCAUCUCUGAUCAGUCUAUCACCAACAAAGCAGUCCAUAAACUAUAAAUACACAUGAAAAUCUUCCAUUCAGCAGAUGUGAAAGAGAUGCAGUUGAAAUGGUAAAAGUUCCUUUUUGAUUGUGAAUUAGACAUUAAGGUUUGGAAAACUCAGUAAGGAAGCAUAAUUUUUAUGAGUAAUGGAAAAAAAUUGUCUUGCUAAUUGAUACUCAAUUUUUUAUACACAAAUUUAAGUGAGAUAUUUUAGCUUGAUUUUAAUCUGACAAAAGUGUUGGUGGUAACAGUGGUGGUGGCACACACAAGGAACACAAGUUAUGUAAUCAGAUUACUUUUUAAUUAGCUCUAAAUUAAAACGCAUAACUUUUUUGUUUUUUUAUUUAGAAGAAAUAUCUGAGUUACUUUUUUCAAACAAGUUUUUUGUUCCCCAUGUACUGACUGACUGUUCUCUUGAUGCCAUGUUGAGAGAAAUUUGAGGUGAGUGCAGAGGUUCUGAGUGAAUAUGAUGCUACUGUAGUUCUAGACUAAAUGUGAACAUGCAUUUACUCAACUGUACAAAAACAGAUUUGGUAUUCUACAAAAUGAAUGAAAACAGUCAAAUGAAAACUCAGAAUAUCAUGCAAACAUGCAAUAAUUUAAUGUUAAAUAAGAAAAAUAUAAUUUCUGUAUUUAAUUAUAUUUUAUGAACCAAUGUCUGUGCUACUGACAUCCUAUUAAUAUCCUAUUAAACCAUACUAAUGAGAAAAAAUAA